AUGCCUGCUCUUCAUUUCAGCUUGCUGAACUCUAACUCCUUCACUGUUAUACGAGAUGAUGCCUUUGCUGGUCUUUUCCAUCUAGAAUACCUAUUCAUUGAAGGAAACAAAAUUGAAACCAUUUCAAGAAAUGCAUUUCGUGGCCUUCGAGACCUGACUCACCUUUCUCUGGCCAAUAACCAUCUCAAAACUCUGCCAAGGGAUGUCUUCAACGAUUUAGAUUCUUUAAUUGAACUAGAUUUAAGGGGAAAUAAAUUUGAGUGUGACUGCAAAGCCAAGUGGUUGUUUUUGUGGUUAAAGAUGACAAAUUCCACUGUUUCUGAUGUCCUGUGUAUUGGUCCAGCAGAAUAUCAGGAUAAGAAGUUAAAUGAUGUGACAAGUUUUGAUUAUGAAUGCACCACUACAGAUUUUGUCGUUCACCAGAUUUUGCCCUACCAGUCAGUUUCGGUGGAUACAUUCAACUCAAAGAAUGAUGUGUUCGUAGCCAUUGCACAGCCCAGCAUGGAGAACUGCAUGGUGCUGGAGUGGGAUCACAUCGAAAUGAAUUUCAGGAGUUAUGACAAUAUCACAGGUCAGUCCAUAGUGGGAUGUAAAGCCAUUCUUGUUGGUGACCAAGUCUUUGUGGUGGUGGCACAGCUCUUUGGUGGCUCACACAUUUACAAGUAUGAUGAAAGCUGGACAAAGUUUGUCAAAUUCCAGGAUAUAGAAGUAUCUCGCAUUUCCAAGCCAAAUGAUAUAGAGCUUUUUGAGAUAGACAGUGAAAUGUUCUUUGUCAUAGCAGAUAGCUCUAAAGCAGGUUUGUCAACAGUGUACAAGUGGAAUAACAAAGGAUUUUAUUCCUACCAGUCCCUUCAUGAGUGGUUCAGAGACACCGAUGCUGAGUUUCUCGAUAUAGAUGGGAAAUCACAUUUAAUCCUCUCCAGCCGUUCCCAGGUUCCCAUUAUACUCCAGUGGAACAAAGUUUCCAAAAAGUUUGUCCCGCACGGUGAAAUCCCCAACAUGGAAGAUGUCUUGGCUGUGAAGAGUUUCAGGAUGCAAGAUAACCUCUACAUCACGCUCACGAGAUUCAUUGGUGACUCCAGAGUUAUGAAAUGGAACAGCAAACAGUUUGUGGAGAUACAGGCUCUUCCGUCCCGAGGAGCCAUGACACUGCAGCCUUUCUCCUUCAAGAACAAUCACUACCUAGCCUUGGGAAGUGACUAUACCUUCUCCCAGAUUUACCAGUGGGAUGGUGAAAAGAAGAUCUUCAGAUUAUUUAAAGAAAUCUAUGUGCAGGCACCACGGUCUUUCACAGCUGUGUCCACGGACCGAAGAGAUUUUUUCUUUGCCUCUAGUUUUAAAGGAAACACUCAAAUAUUUGAACAUAUCACCAUUGACUUGAGUUUAUGAAAAGCUGCUGGAGUGAAAUUCACGUAGAAUGACAUUUAUACAGAAACAAAACAAAAAGACCUUUCCAAAAACAGGGUGCACCUAUGGAGUAUGAUGACAUUUUCUGAACUUUUCAAACUUGCAUAUUAAUCAGGGAUUGCAUUUACUUGGUUACUGCAUGACAUGUCUGUUUGAUCCUUUUUCAAAGAUGCUUUGCCAUCUGCAGUCAUUCAGAGGAGCAAGAGUGGAGUGCAUUAGGAUUAAUGCUGGUAUCUAAGAGAAUGAUCUAAAUUUUACCCAGAAAAUUAGCUUGAAGUGAACAUCUCAAGAAGGGAAGAGUAAG